UGGCGACGCUGGUUGAGUUCUUUUGUUCGUCCGAAGAUGCCGAAGAAAAUGAGGAAUUUCUCCUUUCAAGGCAAAGAGAUUCCACAAAAAAAUCAGCCCAUGGAUCAACUGUGGGCCGUGGAAGAAAGCCGACGAAAGUUCGGGGUGGUAGAACCAACCGAAUCGGAAGAGAAGUUCGUGCCAGGAAUGCCCGUAGUAUUGAAACGGCAACUUUGUCAGAAAGUGCUGAUCAACAUAGUGAAGAAUCCACGGCAAGCAAAGACAAGCAACUCAAGGAUACCUGCACAUCAUCAAAAUUGAAGGUUUCACAAAUGCGACGCAGCUGCCGGACCAAAACACCCUCCAAGUACUUCGUCCCCGAGGUUCAGGACACCCGACAGAAACGUCUGGGUACAGCACGCCGUGCUGCAAGGAAACUGGGACAACCUGAUGUCAACCAAGACGGAACCCCAUUCUGUUGUGAUAAGUGUGGUUCCAAUUAUAUUGUCAAGCCUGGCCGAUGUCUGACCAGCAAGGGACAUGCAGCUGCUCCUAAGAGGAAGAGGGUGUUUGGGAUUCGUUACAAGACUGACCCUGAGACCAAGAAGCGACUGACUCUCUGUAAUGCUUGUGGAAUCCGUUUUGACAGACAAGAAAAGAACCAGGAUCGAUACAAAGUGCCUAAGGCCACUGACCAAGACAAGCUGAAGUACCUAGAGGAAGCCAAACGAUUUGCCUCUUCACUCGUCGAAGGCCUGAAAGACCCAGACGCUGACAGACUGGCUUGUCUGCACAUCUCCUCCAAGCCGUGUGGCUGUAUGCAGAGAUACAUCAUUGCCGAAGGCAACAUGGAGAAGUCCAGAGACCGUGCCAGCAUACUUCUCAAGAUGAUCAAAGAUGCCAAGAAACUCAAGGAGAAGAAGUCCUACAGCAUUGAAGAGCUGAUCAACAAGGGGAAAAAAUUCCGCAAAGUGGGCUUGGGUAAUGGCCAGAAGCGCUCCAAAGAGUUUGAGGAGUUUGUGCUGACCAACCGUCAGUACCUGCGCAACCAGCUCAAGUUUUGUGAGCGAGCAUGCCAGCGCAUCCUGAGCUACUCCAACAACUUCCUGCACAAGAAGCUAAAGACGGAGCCUGAACGGCGGGAGAGGAUUGAACGAACCAAGGGCAAGAUGGCCCUGGGCCUGCUCAAGGAUAUCACUGAGCUAUCCGACAUCAAAUGCUGCGAGGCUGAGUGCUCAUUGAUGGCACAGAGCCAUGCUGUACUACUCAAGACAUGGCGGGAGAGAGCCAACUCGGGCCAGGCCGAGGCAAGGAAAGUCCUCGCUGAGAUGCUGACCCCCUCAGGUAAGGUCUCCAACUGCGCCAAUUUCAUCACGCUGGUGACCGGCUGCAGCCUGAGUACCAUCCAGAGCGUGGCCACCCAGAUGCGUGAGACGGGCGGGGACCGGGAGCCACCGGCCCACGGCCUCAAGAGGUACUGGAAGAACCACCCUCGGCGCCAGCGCAGCCUGAGUGAGCUGGAGCAAGACGUGCUGGGGACCAGGGAGAGCCAGCCAGUGGCCCAGAAGGCCAGCACGGACAGGACCACCAGCACUGAGGGGGGAGGGGGCGGAGAUAACAAUAGUGCUGCUACUGACAUUGAGACACCUGCACUGACAGCGACACAGCUGCGUGAGCAGCAGAACCAGCUGAAGCGACUGCAGCAGCACCUGGAUGAGCAGCAGCGUCGCAUCAGCCAGCAGCAGUCGGUGAUCGAGCAGCAACUGCAACAGCACAAGCUUGCCAUGCAGCAGAAACGCCUGCAGCAGAAGCAGCGCCAACAGCAGCAGCAGCUUCAGCAGGAACAGCAACAGCAGCAGCUGUCAGAGACACAGCAGCAAGAGAUAAUACAGGCACAGCAGCAGGCUACGUCGGAGGAAGUUGGCAGCCAGUCCACAGCACGCCAGCAGGCGGAGACACAGCAGGCAUCUACACAGCAGCAACAGCAGCAGGUAGCACAGCUAGUAGCACAGCAGCAACUCUUACUGCAUCAGCUUGGAGCCCAACAGAUUGCACAGCAGUUGGUAGCACAGCAGCAGCAAGUAGCAUCCACAGGAACAGCAGUCACGGUGGCGCAGCCGUCUGUAGCCAUGGAAGGUAUGAUGGACAGCCGGCUGCUGCAGCAGAACACACAGCAACUGCUGCAGGAAAUUCCAGAACCAAAUCAAUGUGCAGCAGAACAACAUGCACCAGCUGCUGCUGGAGAUGCAGAGUGAGAUGACAGCACAGCAGCUGCAGCAGCUGGGGAUUCCCAGCAGCAGUGGUGUCAGCAGCGGGACAACCGUUCAGACUGUCAC